AUGGGUUCAAGAAUCCAGGUCUGGUUACUCAUUGUUUUAACUCAAAUAUUGGUUAUAGCAGCACAGACAAACAGCAAUGAUCUUGCUGCUUUACUUGCUAUCAAGUCUAGCUGGCAGAACUUGCCACCUUCCUGGAAGGGGUCAGAUCCUUGUGGCAGCAGUUGGGAUGCCAACUCUCAUCGCAGAAAAUUAGCAGGCAUGCUUGUGUCAGGCAGCCAGUUUGGCGACAUUGCAUCAUUCACCAAUUUACAGUUUUUUGCUCUGAAUUCAAACAACUUCAGUGGACCAAUUCCACCUUCUAUUGGUAAUCUGUUGAAUCUUUCAUGGCUAGAUGUAAGUGACAAUCAGCUUAAUGGAACCAUUCCAGUAUCCAGUGGACCUACUCCUGGUUUGGAUAUGCUAAUUAAUACAAAACACUUCAUUUUUGACAACAAUCAGCUCACGGGGAACAUCCCUGUUACUCUAGGACUUGUACAGACAUUGGAGAUAGUCCGGCUAGAUUGGAAUUCAUUAAAUGGGUCCGUCCCUUCGAACCUUAACAACCUGACAAGUAUCAUUGAGCUGUACUUGUCCAACAAUGAACUCACAGGACCUCGUCCAAACCUUACCGGCAUGAACUUCCUUACCUACGUAUUGAUGGAAAAUACACAGCUUGAAGGAGACAUUCCAGUCAAUCUUUUCAGCCUCCCUCAAUUGGAGACAGUGGUAAUAAGCAACAACAAGCUUAUUGGGACACUGGAUAUUGGCAACAGUUAUAGCAACAAUUUGACGGUUGAUUUGCAGAACAACUCCAUUACUGACUUUACGCAAAAAGCAAGUUACAAUAUGGAUUUGAUGCUUGUGGGUAACCCAAUUUGUCAGAGAAAUGGAGCAACAGAACGAUACUGCACAAUUCAGAAAUCCAACUCUCCAUACUUCACACCAACAAAUAGCUGCACUCCCGUGGUCUGCCGUUCAGACAGAAUAUUAAGUCCAAAUUGCAAAUGUGCAUAUCCAUACACAGGAACCCUACAUUUCUUUUCUUUUUCCUUUUCAAAUUUAGAAAACUCAAGUUACUUCAGAACACUUGCGGGGUCUCUGAUGUCAGCUUUUCUGUCCAAUCAACUUCCCGUGGAUUCAGUUUCUCUCAGUGAUCCAACCAUCGAUGUAUACUCUUACCUUCAGAUCAGACUGCAAGUCUUUCCUUCUGGUCUAGAUCAUUUCAAUAGAACAGGAAUUUCUGCAGUUGGUUUCUUGCUCAACCGCCGCUCUUUCCAGUUCGAAGAUUAUGGACCUUACUUCUUUAUUGACGACAGCUAUUGUUGCUUCGCAGGAGCAAACAAAUCAUCUAAUACAGGCAUUAUCGUUGGAGCAGUAGUUGGUAGUUUCGUUCUUUUGCUUUUAAUACUUGGUGCAGGAUAUUAUGGUUUCCAUCAAAAGAGAAGAGCAAAACGAGCAGUUCAACAGAGCAACCCUUUUGCAAAUUGGGACCCUGAUAAAAACAGUGGCGAUGUUCCACAACUUAAAGGAGCUAGAUGGUUUUCAUUUGAAGAGCUUCGGAAAUGUACUAACAAUUUUGCAGAAGUGAACGCUAUUGGAUCUGGGGGCUAUGGGAAGGUUUAUAGAGGAACUCUUGCCUCUGAUCAAUUAGUUGCCAUCAAAAGAGCUCAACAGGGAUCAUUGCAGGGUGCUCUUGAGUUUAAGACUGAGAUUGAGCUUCUAUCAAGGAUUCAUCAUAAGAAUGUUGUCAGCCUGGUAGGUUUCUGUUAUGAGCAAGGGGAACAAAUGCUGGUCUAUGAGUAUAUUCCAAAUGGUACCCUGAAAGAUGGUCUUUUAGGGAAGUCAGGAAUUCAAUUGGACUGGAUGCGGAGGCUUAGAAUAGCCCUUGAUUCAGCUAAAGGUCUGGCCUAUAUGCAUGAGCUUGCCAACCCUCCCAUCAUACACAGGGACAUUAAGUCAACCAACAUCCUACUAGAUAAUCUUCUAAAUGCAAAAGUUGCCGAUUUUGGCUUAUCCAAACUUGUGGAAGAUACCAGUAAGAGUUAUGUCAGCACUCAAGUCAAAGGGACAUUGGGAUACAUGGAUCCUGAAUAUUACACGACCCAACAGCUGACUGAGAAGAGUGAUGUUUAUAGCUUUGGAAUUGUAUUGCUGGAGCUGGUAACCGCAAGGGCACCAAUAGAGCGAGGGAAGUACAUUGUGGGAGAGGUUAAGGAUGCAAUUGAUAAUUCAACUGAUCAAUAUUACAUUCAUGACAUUCUCGAUUCAUCCCUUGGUUCUAGUGCAAAACUUGGAGGCUUGACAAAGUUUGUGGAGUUGGCAAUGAAAUGCGUCAAAGACUAUUCAUUUGAGAGGCCAAAAAUGGGUGAGGUGGUGAGAGAAAUCGAGAACAUUAUGCAGUUAGCUAAUUCGAAUAAGAAUUUUGAAACAGAGUUCACUUCAUCGAGUUAUGAGGGGAUUUCUGAAGGGAUUAAGGCUUUUGAUUACAGCGCCAUUGAUCUUGAGUACUUUUCCCUUUGUGAAAAAUUGCUCCAUUUCCUAGUUCCUAUUGCAGUUGAAUAUGAUUUGUAUGAGCUUUACAGGGCACCAAUAGAGCGAGGGAAGUACAUUGUGGGAGAGGUUAAGGAUGCAAUUGAUAAUUCAACUGAUCAAUAUUACAUUCAUGACAUUCUCGAUUCAUCCCUUGGUUCUAGUGCAAAACUUGGAGGCUUGAAAAAGUUUGUGGAGUUGGCAAUGAAAUGCGUCAAAGACUAUUCAUUUGAGAGGCCAAAAAUGGGUGAGGUGGUGAGAGAAAUCGAGAACAUUAUGCAGUUAGCUAAUUCGAAUAAGAAUUUUGAAACAGAGUUCACUUCAUCGAGUUAUGAGGGGAUUUCUGAAGGGAUUAAGGCUUUUGAUUACAGCGGUGGCUUCUUACCUCUUGAUUUGGAGGGCCACUAG